AUGGUUCAAGUAUUUGAGAAUGCCCAUGUGUUUAACCAUGAUUUCCCCACGGUUAGUCUCGCAUAUUUAAAUAGGUACCCCAAUCCAUACGCAAAGCAUGUCUUGAGUAUUGAUACGCUUGAAAGAUAUGUGGAUUCAGAUGGAUGUCUCAGGACUACAAAGAUCAUUGUGAAAACGGGAAGAUUGCCCAAGUUCAUCAAGCCAUUUUUAGGGACUCAUUUAGACUCGUGGAUCAUCGAGAAAACCAUCAUCAACCCCAAAACAAAUAAGAUGCUCUCAUACACGUCCAAUGUGGACCACAGAAAAUUCAUCAGAGUCGAGGAGUACUUGAAGUAUUCAGCAGACAGUCCGUUCAGUACAUUGGUGGAGAGUAAGGUGAGGUUUUCGUCCAAUUUGUUUGGAUUCAAACAGAAAAUUGAAGAAUGGAGCCGGAAUAAGUUCUCGUCUAACUUGGCCAAUUCUAGGGAAGGCUUGAAGUAUGUGGUUGACAAAUUAAACGAAAGAAAAGAAGUAUGGAUGAGAAGAAGUACAUAG